AUGAAAUGUCCACCCCCGUCUGAAUGCACCGCGUCCAUCGACGCGGCUCGGUCCUGGGAGGCUUUGUGGUCGCCAGUACCCCGCCCCCACCCGCACCUCCCCCCGGCUCCGGACCCCGGUUCUUCCAGCAUUCAUCCAUAUUUUCUCACCGAAUCCAAAUGGCAUACAUUUGUGAAACAGCUGGCUAUGCUGGGAGUACAGUCUAUGGCUUUGGAACAAAAUGAAGCUCUAGCUACAUGGAGAUCAAACCCAGGACAAUGGAUCAGCACCAAAUGUUGUUUAUACAUAUACUGGGAAGAGAAUUGCAUUGUACAUUGGAAAUCUUACUGGUGGACAACUGAUGAAGAUUUAACUGAAGCAGUUCAUUCUUUGGGAGUAAAUGAUAUAUUGGAGAUAAAGUUUUUUGAAAACCGUGCUAAUGGCCAGUCAAAGGGGUUUGCUCUUGUUGGUGUUGGAUCUGAAGCAUCCUCAAAAAAGUUAAUGGAUCUGUUGCCUAAAAGAGAGCUACAUGGUCAGAAUCCUGUCGUGACUCCUUGUAAUAAGCAGUUCCUGAGUCAAUUUGAAAUGCAGUCCAGGAAAACUACACAGUCAGGACAAAUGUCUGGGGAAGGUAAAGCUGGCCCUCCAGGAGGCAGUUCACGUGCAGCAUUUCCACAAGGUGGUAGAGGACGGGGCCGUUUUCCAGGGGCUGUUCCAGGUGGGGACAGAUUUCCUGGACCAGCUGGACCAGGAGGGCCACCCCCACCUUUCCCAGGAAAUUUGAUCAAGCAUCUUGUUAAAGGAACUCGGCCUUUGUUCCUGGAAACUAGGAUUCCAUGGCAUAUGGGGCACAGCAUAGAGGAAAUACCCAUUUUUGGCCUAAAAGCUGGACAAACUCCACCACGCCCACCCCUAGGUCCUCCCGGCCCUCCCGGCCCACCAGGUCCUCCACCUCCUGGUCAGGUUCUUCCUCCUCCAUUAGCUGGGCCUCCUAAUCGAGGUGAUCGCCCUCCACCACCAGUUCUUUUUCCAGGACAGCCUUUUGGGCAGCCUCCAUUGGGUCCACUUCCUCCUGGUCCUCCACCUCCAGUGCCAGGCUACGGCCCCCCUCCUGGUCCUCCACCUCCACAGCAGGGACCACCUCCGCCUCCAGGCCCUUUCCCACCUCGCCCACCUGGCCCUCUGGGGCCGCCCCUCACACUUGCUCCUCCUCCACAUCUUCCUGGACCACCUCCAGGUGCCCCCCCACCAGCUCCACACGUGAACCCAGCUUUCUUUCCCCCACCAACAAACAGCGGCAUGCCAACAUCAGACAGCCGGGGUCCACCACCCACCGACCCAUAUGGCCGGCCUCCCCCAUAUGAUAGAGGUGACUAUGGGCCCCCUGGAAGAGAAAUGGAUGCUGCAAGAACGCCAUUGAGUGAAGCAGAGUUCGAAGAAAUCAUGAAUAGAAACAGGGCGAUUUCGAGCAGUGCCAUUUCAAGAGCUGUGUCUGAUGCUAGUGCUGGUGAUUAUGGGAGUGCUAUUGAGACAUUGGUAACUGCUAUUUCCUUAAUUAAACAAUCCAAAGUAUCUGCUGAUGAUCGUUGCAAAGUGCUUAUUAGUUCCUUGCAGGACUGCCUUCAUGGAAUUGAGUCCAAAUCUUAUGGUUCUGGAUCAAGACGUGAACGAUCAAGAGAGAGGGACCACAGUAGAUCCAGAGAAAAGAGCAGACGUCACAAAUCCCGCAGUAGAGAUCGGCAUGAUGAUUAUUAUAGAGAGAGAAGCAGAGAACGAGAAAGACAUCGGGAUCGUGACCGAGACCGUGAUAGAGAACGCGAUAGAGAGCGAGAGUAUCGCCACCGUUAAGAGAAGCUGAAGGAAGAGGAACACCUUGCAAGACAAGAAACAUUCUUCAUGGGGGAAAAUGACGCUUGUCCAGCAGUUUGCUUCUUGUGAUUGAACUGAACCUGUAAGGAUUCAUGGAUAAAAUGAACAGGAAUAGAUCUGAAUAAAGCAAAUCUGCAUAAAUGGUAACCAGUAGCUCUACUUUUACUUUUUAUGUUGCUUAACUGUUUUAUUUGAAGGAAACCUGUGUGAUUUAAAAGUUAUAGCUUUUGCAACUUUAUUACUGGUUAUAUACAUUUGGCCAUUAUAAUGUGCAAGCAAUUGGAAAAAAGUCAAGUAAAUGCUUGUUUUUAUAGUAGUUUGUUCUUGUUAAAAUGUUCAUAUGAUAAUGUCUGUAAACAGCACCACUUUGAUUACAAUAGAUGUAGUGUUGUAAUAAACUGUUUAAUGGGG